AUAGAAUUAAAUAUUUGUUGUUAGUGUUUUUAGAUUCCUUUACUCAUAAUUAGGCCAGAUUUUAUAUUAACGUUAAUGUUCAACUACCAGUAUUGGGCCAGUGGAGAUGCCUUCUGUGAUAAAACUAAUGUAUAACACCGACUACAUUACCUGAGACUAGUUAACUUUGACAGUCGGCGGGAAGAAGUUGUCAAGAGCCCAACUUGAGUCAUACCCGUUGUUAGUUAUGGUGUUUAAGCACGCGUACCUGUUACCUGUACUGUUCGCUCUGUUGAUGCCAGUAACUUUUAUCAUAACGUACACCAGUGCCGUUUUAAAUCAAAAUGUGAAGCCGGUAUUCCCUUAUAUCAGCGAUACCGGAAGUUGGUCACCGGAAAGCUGCAUUUUCGGGCUUCUGCUGACUUUUGGUGCAUUGUUACUGUCCCUAAUAGUAUACGUACGUUACAGGCAAGUCAGGGAUUUGUGCGAAAAAAAUGAGUUCAAACCACUCAUAAAAAAGAUCAAUACACUGACAUUAUAUAUUGGUUUCUGUGCCUCUUUGGGAAUUGUUGUGGUGGCCAGUUUUCAAGAGACAAAUGCUUUUGUUGUUCAUUUAUUGGGUGCUGGAAUGUGUUUUGGUUUAGGAUCUAUUUAUCACAUAAUUCAGGUGAUAAUAUCAUUUUCAUUAUAUCCAACCUUUGGAAAGAAGAGCUUAAAUAUAUACAGGCUGAUCUGCACCAUAUUAUAUUUUGUAACCCUUUCACUGACGGCGAUAUUUUUGGUUCUCUCGUUACUCAAAUUUAAAGGUGAUGAUAUUACCAAAUGGGUAGAGGAGGACGGUGGCUACGAUUUGCAUCUAGUCAGCACUAUAGCAGAAUGGAUAAUGGUGGCAUUCAAUCAACUGAUAAUUCUAACAUUGGCUUUCGAGUUCAAAUAUAUCCAGUUUUCAGAACCUAAAAUUAAUACAGAUCUGGGCUAGUAAUUUUUAAUAAGGCAAUAAGUUUAAAACGAAUAUAGAUAAUAUUUGUAGUAUGCACUCAAAAUUUUGAAUUUUGUUCCCAUCAUAUAUCACAUAUUAUGCAAAAAUUUAUUAACGUCUCGUUAGUCAUUAAACAUUACUCAUAACGAACACCAGGCAAAUAUAAAUAUUGAAUAGAUUAAAGUAAGAUUAAUUUUUGCUCAAACUAUUGAAAGAAAUACAACUCAGGGAUGAACAUGAAAAUCUAUUUUAGAUUUCAUUUUAUUUUUUAAUGCAAUUUUAUGGAAUAUUCAUAAUGAGAAUAACAUAUAUUUCUUUUAUAUUCUAUUUUUUUUUAAAUAGUAAAAUAUAAAGGCCGAAUUUCACUGAGGCUGGUGCAACCUGGCGGGUCCAAAACGUAGUGCAACAAAUGCAUGAUAUAAAGAAUACAAGAUAUGAUAUUCCUAGGAACCAAAAUUGGUUCGCUGGGCGCAAGUAGUCAUCUGGGGGGACCGCCUAGCCGGGUGACUUGGCCAGUGGAUUUCUAUCUGCCGAGAUAAGCAUCACGGACGCAGGCUGGAAUUUGGAUGGGUGACCUAAUGCAGGCUCGGGGACGUGGCUGUGGCAGCCUA